AUGCCGACUAAGAUCAUUACCACACUAGGGCCAGCUAGUAGUAAUCCAGAAGUUUUACAAUACUUUAAAGAACAUUCAGUUGAAAUAGCUCGCUUAAAUGGAUCUCAUGGUAUCAUUGAAGAACAUGUACGUGUAGCUAAGCUUGCUGUUAAUGCUGGUUUAGAUUUGAUGCUUGAUUUGCCGGGACCUAAAAUUCGUUUAGGAGAAAUUGACGAUAAAUCACUUGUAGUAAAAACUGGUGAAAAAGUGAUUAUCGAAAAAGAAAAACGGAAAAAAGAAAAAAAUGCUCUGAACAAAGAAAAUCACAUUGUAAUCCUACCAUGUCAAUUUUCGAUUGAAAAAUCGACUAAGAUAAACGAUAUUAUAUAUGUUGAUGAUGGGAAACUACAAUUUCGUGUACUCAAAGUAGAAGCCAAUCGUAUACAUGCUGAAGCACUCAAUAAUGGUCCUGUUAAAACUCACAAAGGUGUUAAUUUACCUUAUGGCAACAUUGACAUAGAUUUUCUUACUGAAAAUGACCAUCGCCUUAUUGAAAAUCUAUUACCCAUAAUUAAACCUAAAUAUGUAGCUACAUCAUUUGUUAAAAACAUUAAUGAUAUUCAUCGUUUAAAAAACGCCAUUCGAAAUGCACUUCUUAAUAUAAAGGAUUAUUAUCCAGAGAUUAUAGUUAAAAUUGAAAUGGCUGAAGCUAUUGAACCUAGGAAUGUAACGAAUAUUAUCAAUGAAAGUGAUAUGAUUAUGAUUGCACGUGGAGAUUUAGCUCUUGAAACAACACCUGUACAUAUUCGUGUUCCAUUUAUACAGACUGAUUUAGUUCAACUUUGUCAAAAGAAAAAGAAACCAUUUAUUAUUGCAACACAGAUACUUGAAUCAAUGAUUGCAUGUCCAGUGCCAACACGUGCUGAAGUAUCAGAUCUUUAUCGAGCUGUAGUUAUUGACAAAGCUAAUUAUAUUAUGCUAUCUAGUGAAACAGCCGUUGGACUAUAUCCAAAAGAAUGUGUGACAAUGAUGCAUGAUUUAAUUCACUAUUAUCAACAUAGUACAAUAGAAUCUAUUGGUUCUAGUAAAAAAUUUGCAAGUGAAACAGUUUCAAAACGUACAAUAAAGACAAUAAAAAAGCGAAAACAAUCGAAAACCAUUAAAGCUGAAUCAUUUUAA